CCUUUCCCCACCUCUACCUAGGGUUUCAGCCAUCCCUGCGCCGGCGUGCCCAUCUCCGGCGGCGGCUGCGAGCUUGUUCUAGCUGGUUCGACGGCAUCCCGACUCGUGCCCUUCGAAGGAGGAACCCUGUAACUUGGCCACCUCGAUGGCGGACGAUGGCGGCGGCGGCGGCGGGGAUGCUGGGUCCGGCGGCUCGGCGCCGGUCUGCAGCUUCGUGAGGAAGCCGCCGAAGAACAUCCGCAAGCGCCCGACCGCGCCCGCCGGCUCCGACGACGAGGAUGACGACUCCGGCGCAAUCGCCGCCGCGCGGGCCAAGAAGGCACCGUCCUCCACGAGCAAGCUCUUCUUCUCCUCCGCGGACAGCUCGUCCGAGCCCCGCCGGUUCCAGUACGAGUCGUCGCGGACGAUCCAGGCCUCCACCGACAGCCGCGCCACCGCCACGCUCGAGACGGAGACGGAGUUCGACCGCGACGCGCGCGCCAUCCGGGAGCGGCAGCUCAAGCAGGCCGAGGAGUCCCUCAAGAAGAACCCCUCCGCUCCCGGCUCCGCCUCCGGCUCCGGCUCCGGCUCUGGCUCCGGGGAGGUGUACAAGGGGAUCCACGGGUACACGGAUUACAAGGCCGGGUUCCGCCGGGAGCACACGGUGUCCUCUGAGAAGGCCGGCGGGUCGCACGGCCCUCUCCGCGCUUCGGCGCACAUCCGGCUCUCCGCUCGGUUCGACUACCAACCGGACAUUUGCAAGGACUACAAGGAGACGGGGUACUGUGGCUAUGGCGAUUCCUGCAAGUUCAUGCAUGACAGAGGGGACUACAAGUCCGGAUGGCAGAUAGAGAAGGAGUGGGAGGAGGCCGAGAAGGCCCGCAAGCGCCGCAUCGCUAUGCGUGGAGGGGAUGGGAGUGACGAGGAGGCCGGGGAGGAGGAUGACGAUGACGAUGAUGAAGAAGCAUUGCCCUUUGCUUGCUACAUUUGCAGGCAGCCGUUUGUUGAUCCAGUGGUCACGAAAUGCAAGCACUACUUCUGUGAGCAUUGUGCUUUAAAGCAUCACUCGAAGAAUAAGAAGUGCUUUGUUUGCAACAAACCAACACUUGGCAUCUUCAACGCAGCACAGGAGAUCCGCAAGAAGAUGGCACAAGACAAGAAGCAAUAGUGCCUGCUGACAGUUGAAGGAUGUUGCUUGUACGGUAGAGAAUGUUUAUUCUUGGUUACUGUGUCAUGUAAAAGCGAGAAUUGUUUUUAUGACAAGAAACUAUAGUUAGUUUUGAAUUCUACUGAUGUAACGAUAUGUGCUAGGCAGCUCUCUUGCUCAGUCCAGCACAGUCUCUCUCUAAUGGCAAAUAUAUUGUUUCAGUCAUGAUGUGAAUGGAAGCUGAAGAUUUACCUUCAACAUGUUAGGCAAACAUAAAAUGUUCAUGUCCUUAUCAAAUUCAUUGCUCCAUUGCUGCA